CAGGUGGUGGUGUAAAGGUUUGGGGAGGAAACACCGGCACAAUGUGGAAAUCCAAUGCCGGGCAGCCGGGGCCAAAUCCAUGUCCUCCUUACAUUGGGUACCCUGGAGGUGCCAACCCUGUCCAUCCACAGCCUACCAAUCCUGCCUGUCGUCCAGGCCCCUUUCCCCCUCCCCCAGGAGUUCCCCACGGGAAUCCAGUGUUCCCCCCAUGUGGACCCCCUCAACCUGUGCCACAACCAGGGUAUCCAGGAUGCCCACCCCCAGGACCCUACCCACCUCCUGGCCCCCACCCUCCUCCAUGCCCACCACUUGCCCCUGGAAUGCCUCCUUUGAAUCCCUUGGCUCCUGGCAUGGUGGGACCAGGAAUGGUGAUGGACAAGAAGAUGCGGAAGAAAAUGAAGAAAGCUCAUAAAAAGACGCACAAACACCACAAGCAUGGCAAGCAUUCCUCCUCCUCCUCCUCCUCUUCCAGCAGUGACUCUGACUGAAUACAGGCCCUGGACCCUUCCCUCAAGUCUCACCAGUUCUGCUCUCCCAUCAAGCUUCAGAUGCCAUGUUGUACUGAGGGAAAUUAACCCUUGUACCUCCCGCUUGAACCUCACCUGCCGCUCAGCCCUAACUGGCUAGGGAAAGUGGGAAAAGGAUUGCCAUGGGCUUGCAAAGAUCUUCUUGCUUCCUGGAUAGAAUUUUUAGCUGAUGAGUUUAGCAGGGGAGUUGUUUUUUGAAGAUGAUGAACUCUUUGAACUAAAUGCUGAAGACAAGUUUAAGAUUUGUAAAAUGUGAUUUUUUUAAAACUUUCUUUUGUAAUAAUGGUGGUCGAGGGUGUCUUGGAAAUUUAAUUAUAUAAAAAAAAACCCUGUACCUUUUUUGUAAUGGGGGCAUACUUCAGGGGUUCAGUGGCAGAUACAUUUCCCAGUAGGCCUUUUAUUGUUUGCACUAACUGCAAGGCUGCUGGGGAGUGGAGUCCCUUUGGCUGGUGAGCUCUGACUGCCAUUUGGGAACCUCAUUUCUACUCUUUAGCUCAGUGUGAUAUUUCAGGUCCUGCUCUUAUCCUCCAGCUCUUAGUCCAAAUAAAGCGAUUUCUCCUG